AUGAAGAGGGAAGACACAAAAUGGCAAGCAGAAAGGGAUGUUUGGUGGCAGGAUGUCGUGACCAAAUUUCCAACCAAAUGUGAUGUGGAAUGGGUGGAUGCAGAGGAUCCAUUGUUCCUUUUGUACAAAAGUGGCAGCACAGGGAAGCCAAAGGGUGUGUUGCAUACUUCUGGGGGCUACAUGGUGUACACUGCAAUAACCUUUAAGUACGCAUUUGACUACAAGCCAACUGACAUAUACGGGUAG